GCCGGGCCGGGGAACAUGGCGGCGGGCGCGCGGCGAGCCGGGCUGGGCGCCGCGGGGACAGCGCUGCUGGCCGCCGGGCUGGCGCUGGCGCUGAGCCCCUCCGAGGUGGGCAGCCCCGGCGAGCAGCGGGGCCACGUGCGGGUCCUGAGCGCCGCCAACUGGAGCCUGGUGCUGCAGGGCCAGUGGAUGGUGCAAUUUUAUGCCCCUUGGUGUCCCUCCUGCCAACAGAUUGAAGCAGCAUGGGAGAAUUUUGCAAAAGGAAGUGAACAUCUAGAUAUCACUGUAGGAAAAGUGGACGUCACUCAAGAACCAGGUUUGAGUGGCCGUUUUUUUGUCACCACACUUCCUACUAUUUACCAUGCGAAGGAUGGCGUAUUUCGCAGAUAUCGUGGCUCAAGGACGUCCGAAGACCUUCGAGGCUAUAUCCUAGAGAGAAAAUGGGAAGCUGUAGAGCCCGUAGCUGGAUGGAAAUCCCCAUCUUCUAUAAUGAUGCAUGGAAUGGCAGGUCUUUUUCAUUUCUCUGGAUGGAUCAGACAAAUUCACAGCUACUUCACAGGCACUCUUGGAAUUCAUGUCUGGGGUUCUUAUGCAAUCUUCAUUUUAUCCACCCUGUUGAUUGGCCUGAUCCUGGGUUUGAUAUUGGUUUUGAUUGCAGACUGCCUUUGCCCUUCCAAGCGUAGGUACAGAGAAGAAACAUCCGUAGAGUUGAUUGAAAGGGAGAAUGCAGAGCUUACAGCAGUAGAAGAGGUGGAAGAAGCUGAAGAGUUUUCAGCAAAUGAGUUAGAAGAGGCUGCAGAGGAAAAGGAAGACAUUUCAGAUGGGGAAGAUGGAGCCAAAUCAAGUGAAGAGGCCAAUUCAAGUGAGGAUGGCUCAGAAGAGGACUCUGCCGUUGAUGAAGGAUCAGGGACAGAAGAGACAGAAGACAUCUGUGAACAACAGCCAACUGAUUCGGAGACCCAAAGCUCAGUACGGCAACGUAAAAGCCAGGUGGCUGACAAUGGACUAUAGUUUCCUUGGUGUUUUCCAUAAACUCGGACCAAAGAAAUAUCUGGGGCCCUUCUGGUCUGCAGCUGAAGCCAAACACUUGAUUUGUAAUUUGUGUUUACGUAAAACAAAACCUCUGCUCUCCAUCAGUUGGCUUCUUUCUUCUUUCUUUUUUCUAAGCCAAUGUUUGCUCAUAGACUUUCAUUUUUAUAAGCACGCCUUUAUAUAUUAUGUUAGCCAUGACAAUCAAAAUCAUAAGUAUGAUUUGAUCUGCUUAGAGACUUAAGGAGUCGGGGACAUGACCACGGGGAUGAAAGACUUGGUAAUGAGAUGCUUGUUGUUCAUGCUUGUGUUCCUUUAUAGACACUGCUCUAAGCAGGAUGAGGCAAGAGAAUUUGAAUUCACAAACCUCAAGAAGUAACUUAGCAGGAGUCUUGAUUUCCUUUUCUUUCUGUCUGAAUAUGUUCCUUAAAUGCCAUAAGACCAUCAGGCACAUCAUAAAACAGCAGACAGAGGCAUCUUAAUUGUCUUCCAUUAAAACAACUUUGUGUUUGGUGAUUUUGCGUUCAUCAACUCAACUGAAGCACCUUCAUUAUGUUGCUUUUUUUCUCGUUUUUUUUCUGCUGAAUAGUUAUUUUGAAACUAUGCCAUAAUAUUAUAACAGUGACUAGUUUUAUUCUAUGCUUGAAGAGCACCAAAGCUUCUCAACUGUUGAUUAUUCAAAGGCAUAGUGCACAAGUCAGUCUUAUAUCAGCUGGUGAUUUUAAUCAUUUAAGGGGUUUAGAUCAUCAAAAACCUUCGGCUAUGGAACAUAAACAAGUAGAUGCUUAAAAUGACAUUUUUGAACCUUGGUGGUUGAAAGGGAAAUGAUUUAGUGAGAGCAAGGAAUUUUUGCCAAAGUGUAGCCUUUUUCCUUUAAGAUGUUGCAGUGAGAAGUAAUUGUGUCUAAGACAGUAAAUGCCAUAUUUCUCACCAGUACAAGCUAGUCAUAUACAAAGAACUUCAGUAUUAUUUUUUUGCUGUUUCCAACCCAGAGUAGUUGGCAGUCAGAACUGCUUUAGUAAUAUUAACUGAAAAAUCACUUCUAGUUUCACCUCUAGUGUGCUGGCUUUAAUGAUGGAAGUAGUGGGAAAAACACAUCAGGAAAUGAAAGAAAUAGUUUUUGGUUACACGGCUAUCUUUUGUCUACAUAGACAUGCAUCUGUCAAAUUGCACAAAGUGGAAAUGGCUCAUUAGCUAAUCUGCUGACAACACCUCCUGCUGUCGAGUUUAUUCAAGAAAUCCGCAUUUUAUUCAUUUUAAUUGGCAUGAUUUAUAUUAAGAAUUUUUUUAAAUAACCACAUCCCAUUAAGUGAAUGAAUAUCUGAAGGAUAAUCCUGUACAUUCCCACUUUGGCAGCAUGCUGAUCCAGAUUGCACGAUAAGAAGCAGAAAGGUUGUUUCCAUCUUUCGUACUGCAUAUUUAAUUACCAUAUUGCAUAAACCCGGCCAUCUAACAUUAGUCUCUUCAUUUCCUUUUGUGAGGAAAAAGGAGUAUUCUGUGAGAUUAAUAUGGUUGCCUCCUGGUGUUAGAAAAGGGAUAUUACCAGUGCAUAAAGGUGAUUUCUUGGAGACAAUCAGUCUUGACAGGGCCAGUUUAUAUCUGUCUUGGGGGGAGUUUUACUGUUAAUGCGAAGAUUUUAUUUAGCAGAAAGCAAUCUAACUUACAGUGUCUCGCUGUUUUUUAAAUGUUUCCAAAUGUACAACAUUUGUUAAUCUAGUAUAAAUCCGACUGUCAUAGGGCCUGAUUCUGGUCUGUUGUACAAGUGUAAAGCAGGUGUAACUUCACUGAACUCUUGAGCAUAAAGGAGAUCAGAAUUGGGGCAGUGCUUCCUUCUGCAUAUACUCAGAUAUUUAGACUGUUCAUACGGCCAUGAAGAUUAGACUCUUUUCUCCAGCACUUAGGAUUAUAGAUAGAUGCAGCGAAAGUUCUUAGAUAUGAUGGAAAUUAAAUUGUUGCAAUGCACUAAAAUGAGAACAGAUGGCUUGGCUUGCCUGGACACAGUCCCCUAAACUUUCAGAAGUGGUGCUAAGCUGUGCAGCCGAGGUCCAUUGUCUUUAAAGCGAUACAGUCAAUGUAAAAAAUUACUUUUUGCCUACAUCGGUUGCAAGAUUACUGUAAAUGGAAAAGAUUGGGGGGAGAAAAACCAUGGUCGUGCAUUUAACAGAACUGUAUACUCUAUUUCACGAUUUCCUCUAUGUAGUCAGUUUUCCUUGUGUGCGUCGGUAAUUCAGACAGCCAGAUGGGAAAAUAUUUUAAGAAUAGGAAAAUAUUAAAAUCACCAAAACUGGCUAGGACAAGCAGACCAACUGUCAUAUCUUCAGUGACCUGACUAGGAUUCAAGUUGAUGACAUCUUCAGUGAGUCAUGGAUUUAAAACUCUGCUUGACCCUGAAAAUAUAGGGGAUUGUGUCCAUCAGGAAUUCAUUGAAAACAUUGACUUGUGUUGUAUAAAAAGAAAAGGGCAUUUCCUACAGAGUAGAGUCCUGAGUUGUUCCCAAAAAAGAUUUGGAGGGAGAGAAAUGUCCAUAUUAAAAAUGUCAAAAAGUGAUGGCAAAGAUUUAAAAAAAAUUAAGAGCUUAAAGUUGGCCUCAUAAAGUCUUCUUGAGGCAUCUAAAUUAGAGGCCUAAUUUUCAAAAGUACAGAGCAUCUAGCACCUCCUAGUGACUUCAGUGCAGGAUGCUAGGUGUAUAGCCUUUAAAAAAUCUUCCUCUAGCUUAGCUGCCUAAGAAUUAAGUGAGGAGUAACUUUAUAGGCACCUGUUUUUGAAAAGCUUGACAUCCCGGUGUUGAAAAAUCUGUUAAUCUUGCGAAAAGUUACACCUCUGUUUGCGUUAACUAAGAGAUCUUAACAAAUUAUAUAACAAGCUUAUUGCCAUACAAGAUGCAGGGAUUACAAGAUGUCCUGAGAAACAGCAAAACGUUAAUUACAUAAGCUAAUUUCUGGAGUCCCUUCUGUUCAAGUAACUCCCGUUGAAGUCAAGGAGCGUGUCACAUGUUGUUUCAGCUUUGGGCUGUAGAAAGCGUUCAGUGAAAACUGAAGUCUAAAGAAGACAUGAAAUCUCAAUUCUGUUGUAGAUGAAGGGACAUAAAGCAAGUGAGACUUGUGCCUGAACAGCAGAUCUUUAGGCACGUAGCAAAUGGCAGCUGUUCAUCUCCCCCCUAGUUACGUUUUGUGUGAAUCUGACAUUCUGUUUGAGUGAUGAUACAUUCAUUUUAAGGUGUUUCAAACAUCAGGCCCCAUAUAUGUUGGCCCCUUUAUUUCCACACUCCCACUAAUAAGGAAGAUUAGUGCUAACUUUGGUUUGACAGUUGAUCUCUUGUAUUGCAAAUGGAGUUGAAGUACAGUGGGUCUGAAUAUUGUAUUUAUAGAACACUUCAAUUCUCAAAGUGCUGUACAGACAUUAAUAACACCUCCUCAGCUUUAAGAAUGUCAUUUUUCUUUGUCAAAUAGACUUGCAACAAAACAGUAGUGACUCUUGGCUCAUGGAGGAAAUCUACUGUUUGGCUUAAGUAACAGGUGGUAUUAAAGGGCAUUAUAAAGGGCAGAUUUCUCCUUAAUGAUUGAUGUGGUAACCGUGCAAUAAUAGCAGUGUCAGUCCUGAAUAAUAUAUGGAGGGCUUAUACCUUCUCACUGAAAAAUGUCUUCUUAACCUUAAGUCAUGUUAGUAUAGUACUGAAAUGUUUACGUCAGUAUUAGACUUGCAAUUUUAGCAUCGUCUGUGUUUCUGGAUUAUUUAAAGGAUUAAUACCUCUCAUUUGUGCCAACUGAGAAGACCGUUUGUCAUCUCAUCACCUCCGUCCUCUGUUCUGAAUCAUGUCACAGAAGUAGAAUUUGUCCUUGCAUUUGGAAUAUAAACAAAAUGUCUUUUGAAAAGAAGCUGUUGUUCACACAGUUGGCUGAAAUGGUUUGAGUAAAUGUAGCACCGUUAACGCUGGUAAGAUCUGCUGAUGGGGAAGGCAGACUUUCAAAGGGUGACUAGUGAUUUUGGAUUCCCAGUUAUGAGACUUACUUUUCAGAGACUGGUGCCCAGCAUGUUCUGGAAAUCAGACCCCCUGAAAGUGUCACAACAUGAAUAUCCAAAAAGUGAGGCAUCCACAAACCAACAAGUCAGUCUUGAAAUGUUAAGGCUACAUUUCUAAAGAGGGAACAAAUGAAGCUUUGCCUUUUCUACUUAUGCUUCCGAUAACGUUUCAAGUGAAAUACUAACCUGUGUAAAUCUUCGACUAUAAUUACUCUGUUGGACAACAAUUUUUGUUACAUGGCUUUUUCAUGGAAAUGUUAUGCAAAAUUACUUUUUAUACUAAAAAUUCUGCGAAUUUAAGCCAUGGGUAUUUGUACUGGAAUUCCAUAUAAAUUUUUUUAUUUAUGA